AGGAUCAAAAUCCCUGCUCAAUGUAUCAGUUUAGUAAGGAAUCUCAUUUUUUUUUCUACCGCAGUUCAACGUUGGGGUAUAUUACUAGAAACAAAUACAUGAACAGAAACCCGGACAAUUGUUGAAGGUCAGCAACGAUAACACAAAAAGAGGUUACAACAGUUAGUCUGCCGGAUGUUGUACCUACUAUCACCUAUGCCCACAAACAGUGUGUGCGCAGGGUGCACUUGGCCUAGCCUAGUUUCGAUUUUUACAGUGGACAUGUUUUGUAAUCACAUGACAUGAUCACAUGACAGACUAUCAACAAUUCAGUCAGACAGAGUUUGGUUGGCAUUUGCCGGGUCAACCGUCAGUUUGCAGGCCGUUUAUUGGACCCAAGCACAGCCUACCACAAGCAUCACAAUGAUUUUACAGUGCCUCCUUGUGUCAUUACUGACAUGUCAAGUUGUUUAUUCUUUGGACAACGGCCUUGCGCUUACCCCACCAAUGGGUUGGCUGUCAUGGGAAAGGUUUAGAUGCAAUGUUGACUGCAAGAAUGAUCCUGACAAUUGUAUCAGUGAACGUUUGUAUAUGAAAAUGGCUGACUUAAUGGUAACUGAGGGCUUCAAAGAUGCUGGGUAUGAGUAUGUUAACAUUGAUGACUGCUGGCCUUCCAUGGAGAGAGACAGUGAAGGUAGACUGGUGGCUGAUCCUCUCAGGUUUCCAAGUGGAAUCAAGGCACUGGCCCACUAUGUGCACUCAAAAGGCUUGAAGCUGGGCAUUUACGAAGACUUCGGAUCAAAGACCUGUGCUGGCUAUCCUGGCAGUGAGUUCUACAUGGAGACUGAUGCCAAAACUUUUGCCUCGUGGGAUGUCGAUAUGGUGAAAUUUGAUGGAUGCAAUUCUGACCCAAAGGACAUGCCAUAUGGUUACCCCAUUAUGGAACAUUUCCUUAAUGUGACUGGAAGGCCGAUUACAUACCUUUGCCAGUGGCCUCUUUACAUGUGGGGUUCUGGUUUAAAGCCGGAUUACGCCGCUGUUCGUCGCAAUUGUAACCAGUGGCGCAACUAUAGGGACGUGCAGGAUAGCUGGGAGUCCGUAUCUGGCAUCAUAGAUUUCUAUGGGAAAGAUGAGGGCGGAUUUGCUCAAUAUGCUGGACCAGGAGGAUGGAAUGAUCCAGACAUGUUAGUAGUGGGUGACUUUGGCCUGAGCUACUAUCAGCAACAGGCUCAGUUUGGCAUGUGGGCUCUGUUUGCUGCUCCGCUCAUGAUGUCCGUUGACCUCAGAAGUGUGACUCCUGAGGCCAAGGCGAUUCUCCUCAACAAGAACAUCAUUGCCAUCAACCAGGACCCCCUGGGCAACCAGGCUGUUCGGCUCUUUGAGGUGCCAGGAUCCAUCUCAGUGUGGGUGAAGAAACUGGCCUUGCCCAAACCUGGCACUGUUGCCAUUGGCAUUUUGAACAAGGAUGAUGCAGGUGUUCCUGUCAAGUACAAGACCUCCUUCCAGGACCUGGGCUUUACUAACAAGGGUGGCUACAGUGUAACCGAGGCCUUCGAGAACAAACCAAUGGGCUCUUUCGCCCUGUCCCAGGCGUUCACCAUCAGCGUCGACCCCACUAGUCUUUUCAUGAUGAUUGCCCAGCCCCGCCCUUGAUAGGCGUACCUGGUGAUCCUGUUUGAGGUGAAACAGCAUCAAAGUGUGGCAAAUUUUUUACAUUUUAUACAUUUUAUGUCUCGAUUUUUAUGUUUUACCAUGUACUUUCUUGAAUAAAUACUUUGACAAUUCCUAGUUAUUAAAAAAAAUUAAAGUUGUGAUAUAACAAGUUUGUAUUUCAAUACAUUGUAAGACUCAGUAUUAUAGUAAUGUUUACAUUCUAUGAACAGGGUCAAGUGAAUGUGUGUAUUGUCUCAAUCACAAUUAUUUUCCUACUUUCAUGUAUAUGGGAAAAUUUUGAUGUGUGUUUCUCAAAUUUCAAUAACAGUUCAUACUUUUUCCUGAAGCAAAUCACCUCAGUGAAUACAAUUUUGGAUUCAAGAAUGAUUAAAAAAUUUUUUUAUGCCUUUGCCAAGCAACCGAAGACAGACAAUUGAGAUGAUGGUAGUGAAAGAGUUUGUAAAAUUUGUGCACAUAAAUGGUCAUUAUGUUGAGAUACAACGUCUGGCAUCAUCGGGCAAAAGACAACUGGGGCCUUGGUUGUGAAACCUGAAAGCUGAGUCUUUUGACUCUGUAAAAAUUGUUGCCUUUGUUGCAUAUGGACAGCUAUGCUUUGGGUCUCGAAAUGCUUUAGUUCUAUGCAAUGUGGACAUGAAAAUGGUACCAACUUUGUGAUGGGACUUCAGAUGACUUCUUUAGAGCAAGCCUACUCAGCCUCAGGUGGUUACUUUGAGGGCUAGGGCCUACUAUACAAUUGUCUUCUGCUUGGAUAAUUUUGUUUGUUCCUUACUUUCUUGGUGAAACAAAACUUAGAGACAUGCAGAAUUCUUUUUCCCUUUCCAUUUUGACUUUGAGGGAAAAGUCAACCAGAACAAACAUCUGGCCUCUUCUUUGUGCAUUUCUAGUUAUUUCUCUGCACAUGUAUAUCCAGUAAUGCUCUGUUCUCAGGGUGAGAAAUUUGCUUGGUUCAUUCUAUUAAUUUCUGUGUAACAAUUUCUGUGUAACAAUUUCUGUGUAACAAUUUCUGUGUAACAAUUUCUGUACAGCAUUUCAGGUUGUUCUUAUACUUGUCAAACUUUAUUCCUCAUUUGUUAUUUCCAAUGAAGGCUGAUGUAGUUAAUCACUGCAGGCUUUUCAUCGGAAAUGUUGGUCUUUUUGACCAGAGUUCCUCUUCUUCAUUUAUUGUGAAAUGUCUGGUAAUGGCAAAGUUUUUUUGUUUACCUUUGAAAUCACUUUAAAAAAAAUCCUUUUCCGGUAAAAAAAAAAUAUUUGAUAGUAUUUGUUGAUUCCAUUCUCAGGAAGAAGCCAGAAGUAGAAAAUAUUGUCUCGGCUGUUUAGAUUGUGUAAAUUAUAUAAGACUGUGUCACAAUUUUAUUGUUCUCAUUUCUGUUACCGGGUACUGGUAUGUUGGCAAGUAAUAUUAUUCAGAGCUUUUCAUGCUUUUUUCUUUAUGGGCACAAUGUCUGGAGGUUGGUACAAAUCAAAUUAGUUUUUUUUUCAGUAGUGUCUUGAUAAUUUAACCUUUCCAGUGAUCAGAAUUUUGAUCUGAAUUUUCUCUUCUCACUCUUCUAAUCAUGGUCAGCACAUGAUACCCAGUGAAAUAACUUGAUGUAACCUGCUCUGCUCUAAUGGUAAUUUGAGAGUAGAUCUUUAAAGAAGGAAAAUCAGUUUUGAUGAAUAAGUCUUCAUAAUAAAUUUCCAAUGAUUAUAGAAACUAGUAUCAUCUUUCUUUUCUAUGAAUGGUUUUUGUUACUGACGAUCUACGAUGAAAAAACCCCCAGCAAAAAGAACCCCCAACAUACCACUGUCAGUUAUCCUUGGUGGGGAAUUAGGUUACCACGGUAUGUUUGGUCGAGGCAAGCAUGGAAUCAUUCAGAGGUUAUUUUAAUGCUGCAUCAAAAUGUGCAAUAGCACAUUAACAGAGAUAAUCAUACCAACUGGUCAUUGCUGUUCUUCCCAGUGCUGUCCCCUGGGUUUUUUGAAAGCUAGAGUUAUCAUGAUUUUGCUGAAGAAACGACCCCAGUCACCAAACGCAUGAAGGCCAUGUCAUGGACAGUACUUUCAUUAUGUAUUUCUAUAAUCGGUGGGAUAGUGAUACUAUUAUAACUAUAAUUUUAAGUUCUUUUGAUGAUCUCAUUUUGUAUUGAUGACUGGUGUUAUCCUGGACAAGAAGGCCUUUUUGCUUCUUUACAUUCCAUAAUAAUACUCGGACAUAAUGGUACUGUUAAUAUGUCUAUUGUUUAAGAAAAGAAUUUUGCUAUGUACUUAGUUGGGGCAUCUGACUAUCCAUGCAUGCAUACAUUUUUAAUAUAUAAAUUUGUGCAUAGAAAAAUAGAUGAACUAUAUCCAUCUGGGUAAAACGAUUUUGUCCAGUCAUAUUUACAAAGUAAGUAAAUGUUAUGUUUAAGUGAUACAUUUCAUAUUAAACUAAUAAUAGAAUGCCUUUCCAAUCAGCAGUGAGAUGUGUCUUUGCUAAAACAAAACUACUUUUUUUCAGUACAAUAAUCAUCAGCUCUGUAACAUCCCUCACUGUAACAUGUGUGACCUCUUCGGGCCGACUUGUUUACCAAAGUUUAUGACUUGAUUAGUAACAUGUUCUGCAAAAUAUUGAUCAAUCGUCCACCAUCAUCAUUAUCUCUAGGAUCUUUUAAACGAGUCUUCAAAUCCAAAUUUCUCCUGAGUGCUCUUGACUGGCACAUAAAAAAUUAACCGAAGACUUAUGUCUGUAGUUUGCCAUCCAGUCAUUGACAUUGUUGUGGAGCACCGUGACUGAAUGAGAGUACUAGUUGAUAGUACUGAUAGGCCUACUGUGUGUACUUUUGUUGUGCGUUUAGAAAAAAAAAGAACAAUAACAUUGUUGGUUUGCUCGUCUUUUUUCCCUGUCCACCACUUUUGGUUCGAAGAGGAACACGAGGCUACGUAAAUUUAAUUCCAAUGAUGUUAAUUAGAAAGUCGACUCAGACUUUGACAGGUGUCUUUGUGCGUUUUGGCUAUAGAAUUAAAAUCAGUGGUUCAAUUUUUGGCUCAUUCUUUCCUGACCGGGAGGAUUGGUAUUUGGUUCUUUUAAUCAAUUAUUUCUCAUAAUUUUCAUCUCCUUAAGGGGAUUGUAUUAUUUAUAUAUUUAUUUUUACUGGUAUCCAUGACAAUGUCACUUUGACUUUGUAUUAGAAGUAUUCUAAUUUGAUCAGUGAAACAAAAAUACUCCCGUUUUAGUUUUAUGUUUUUGCCUUCUUCCCUCAUUUUUUAAAUUUUGCUUUGACUUUAAUUUACCUGAAAAAAUAAAGGUAUUUUUAGUUAAGAAAAA